GGUCAGGAGCUUCUUUUUUUGUCUCUUUGGAAAUGCGGGUGAAGAGGUGCUAGAAGAUGCUAAAGAGUUUCGCGCGUUGCUUCCUCAUCAUUCUUUUCUCCUAUAGGCGCUGGCGCGAGUUUGUGGAAGCAAUCUGUUGGCGGUGCGGACUGGCCGGGAGCGAGUGUGCACAUCUCGAAGUCCAGCUGCGCCUGCCGCCUUUUCUGAGCUGUCACCCCAUGUUCGGGUGGCUUCCUUUCCUUAGUUCGGACGGACUAACCCAUGUUACUUGGGUUAGGUACCUAGAGAAGCGAGGUACCUGGUCUGCAACUCAACUCACCCAUGUUACCUUAUAAGGAAGGAACGGUACCCAAAAGUAGUCAAAUCUCGGUCGCACGCGGCUGAUUUCCCAUUCCGCGCCUUCUUUUUCUACAGUACUUCUUGAUCUGUUGUCUCACGACUCGCAAUGACUUUGGGCUUUUUGUGCUCCUUCCUCCCUGUUCACGUUCAUCUUGACAUUGAAACAGCAACACAAACGGGGAAGUCCCGCUUGCAAGCAAACCUGCGCCUGCCAUGCCAUUCCUCAUACCUGGCGCGCCUUCCUGACGUCUAAGGCUCGUUUUUCUGAGCUUUUCUCUUCGCCCAGGGUGUGACAAGAUUUCACAAGUUAUGUAUCACCUUGUCGUUGGCUGAAGACACACAGAAAAGCACAUCUGGUCGACAACCUGCAUUUGUCACAUCAAUCAAUCUUGUCAUUAGUCGACACACGUCUUGUAGUGUGAUACCCUCAUUGUCCCCAUUGGAUCUUUAGUCUUCCGUUCAAAAAACUCCGUGUUGAGAUCCCGGGCACGCACUAGUCAGUCAACUCUGCACAAUCUCGCGAUUACGAUUCUUCCUGCUCAAAGCCGCAUACCUACACAAACGUCAUUCCAAGGCUGUUCGAACCUGGAUUUUUUUUUCAACAUGCUCCUCAAUCCCAUUCUCCUCAUCGCCGGCCUGGGCGCAGGCGUCAGCUCGGCCUACCACCUGCUUCGUCUACCAAACUCAAUGGGCUACAAGAGAGAUUGGGCACAUCGCUCGCCUUGCAGCAACUUCAACAUCAGUCAAGUCAUGGUCGGAACCAACUAUUCGGUCAAUGGUUACCCGUUGGCGGUCACAUCCACCUACGCCAACGUCACAUUUACGGUCAGGGUCCGGCUUCUCAACGAUUCUGCCGAAGAAAAGUUCCAUCAGAUCUUGCCGCCACUGGUCAUGUCUAUGUAUGGCACUCUGUGCAUUCCAUCGGUCCCCGUCGACAAGAAUUGGGCUGGGCAGCUUGCCCAGUACCAGGUCAUUUCCGAUCAUGCCUCCAUGAGGACCUACCAGUGUUCUCUCGUCCAGUUUGUGGAUACACCCGCCGUAGACGCCUCGUCUUUUGACGUCUGCAAGAACACGACUGGUGUCAAUGGUACAUUCCAGGAGUGGGGAAGCGAGAUUCUCACCACACCUACACCUUCCUCAGCCCCACCGGCUCCGACUGAGGUCGAACCCGAGAAUGCGGCUCAGGACAAUAAGGCCAAGCUCAACCCCUGGAUGGUGGUCGGUGUGCCGGCCGUUACUGGUCUUCUCCCGAUUCUUGCCACACUUUUCUAGGUGUGUUUUGAACCACCGACGAAUCGACCGCCUUGCUUCUCGGUGGUUGAUCUCAUUUAGCGCAGAGAGGAUACGAGAUGGGUGGGUAUGUGUAAAAUGGUGCAACUGGGAACUUACGAGUUAAGAUGAAGCGUGGCGUUUGCUGGGAUCUCGUUAUUUCUUUUAUGGUGUCGACCUCUGGUUGGCACAGGAUCAAAAGUUGAUUUUUGGGAGGAUAUGUGUUGCUUUGUGUUUAUGAAGAUAUCCCGCCAAUCUUUGGUAUGCAUUGUUAAUAUGUAAUAGAAACAAGACAAAUAAUCAUCAGAGCGUUUCUCUGCAGUUAC